ACAGUCUAUACGAGGCGGUACAGGAGUCAUGUGAGGCCCAGGUUUACACAAUCCCCUGCAGAUCCUGCAGUCCAGCUGUUCCAUUAGAUGACAACAACAAAUGGAGGAGUACGGGGCGUUGCAUCUCAAUGGACAUUUCACAAAUCAACACAGACAACACAAAAAAGGCGAAAAGAAGCUCACUACGAAAGUCUAUCUCUGAAACUGAAGCUCUAGAUUGUACCGUCUGUACUAAUUCCCUCUGGCAGGCGACCAGAAAGCAAGAAGAUUUAGUCCUCUUGAGGAACAAUCAGAAUGAAGAUUUGAGACCUCUAAGGAAGGCUGAAUAUUCUCAGACUCAGACCGGCUCUAGAAACACACCACAAGAUCUGUCUGUCCAGACUGAGACAGCAAGCAGAGAAAUGAUCCCACUCAAUGGCACAAGAUUUAAAAAAGUUGAUCGGAUGUUGAAUCAAAGAGGGACCCCAACACAAUACACAGCAGGUGCCAAAGGAAUGGUGCCUUUAUUAUUAGAUGUGGGAGCACAGGUACAUACACAAGAGAAUUCUGUGGGGUCAAGGGUCAUGGAGACAGCAUCGUCCAGAAAACGCUGGAGCAACCCUGCUGAAACACCCCUGACCUGGGUACAAGCACAUCCUUCCGGUCAAUCCGUUGAAUAUCGAAUCCACAGCUCUAACCGCACAACAUCCAAAAGCACAAAUCAAGGACAUCAACUCAGUGUUCAGACCAUAAAGAGAGACCCCUCCCCAAAAGGGGUUGUGCGAUCGACAACCAAUGUGGAUUUCCGUGCGUCUAAUCGAUCUACUAGUUUUGGAAGAUUUGACACGUUCAGAAAUCAACACUCUCCUUCAAAGCUUGAAGAAAAUGGAACAACCGAGGCAGAGGGUGAAUCAACAGCAGAGAAUUGCGAGAAACCGGGAAGUCUGGGCAAAAAGAUGAAGGCUAUCUCGAUGACUAUGCGUAUAAGGAUGGGCAAGAAAAACGUCAAAUCUUGCUCAGAAGACAUAGCAGAUGACACGGAAGGAGAAGCAGAGAAUGGGUUUCCAGUGGAGAAGAGCUCAGAUCAGACCAGAAACUCCUCAGAAAGUCUAUGCAGUGGACGAAGUUCCUCCAGUGGUGUGGCUAGCAAUUCAGACGUCUCCAGUAACAGAGACAGUCUUAAAUUGGAGGAGGAAGUGACCUACACAGGGCAGUUUUGCGGACGAGCCAAAGUACAUACUGACUUUGUCCCCAGUCCAUAUGACACAGACUCCCUCAAACUCAAGGUCGGAGACAUUAUCAACAUCAUUAGUAAGCCGCCGAUGGGCAUAUGGACCGGCAUGCUCAAUAACAAAGUGGGAAAUUUCAAGUUUAUUUACGUGGAUGUUCUACCAGAGAAAGAGAAGGAAGAUGAAGAAGAAGAGGCCCCAAGAAUAAGACCUGUGAAAGUUUGCAAGAAACCACGACCAAAUACACUGCUGGAGUUAUUAGAGCGGCUUCAUUUAGAGGAAUAUGCAUCCUCGCUACUUCUAAAUGGCUACCAGACAGUAGAUGACCUCAAACAUCUAAAGGAAAGACAUUUGAUCGAGCUGAAUGUGACGGAUCCAGAUCACAGACACAGGCUGCUUGCUGCAUCAGACUGUCUCUAUGUCACAAGCAGAGACGAACAGGAAGAGAUGAAGGGCGAGGAGGAAGACGAGGCUAAUGACUGUCUCAGAGACUCGGGUUGUUUUAUUCCUGCAGAAUGUUCUGACAGCUGAGAGACACUCAUGGAAUAAUGUCUCUUUCCUAACAUGUAUCAUAUUCAUAAAGCUACACACACAGACACAAAACUUAGUUAGGAUGUUGUCACUAUAUGUGUUUAAGAUCUUUCAUUUAGAUGUGCUUGGUUAAUGUAGCUUGUUUGCGUAUGGUAGCUUUUAACAUUUUUACAUGUGUAUGUUUGUUUUGCUACAUGAUUUGUAUAUAACACAAAUAUUAAUAAACUAUUUAUUCUGGA